ACCGCCGCAUCCCUGAGCGGGGCGGUCCGCUUCAAUGGGUUACCAACGGGAAACUUGUCGAAGUAAAUCCAUAUUUUACACGGUUUCACUAAUCUACGUUCAUUGAGGAUCAAGUCAACAUUCUACAAUGCUGAGAGCCACUGACAAGACUGGUAUGUCACCUCUCCUGCUCGUCAACAGGAGACUCCAAAUGGAGAGCGCAGAACUUCAAAAGGCCCAAGACGCAGCGUCAGAACGGAAUCGCGCUAUUUGUCGUGAUAACCUUAAUUUGAAAUUGGCAAUCCGAAGACUGUCACCACAACUUCAAGAGAUUGGUCUUAAGCAGGAGGAUCUGAAUAAGAUGCGUUUUGCUUUACAAGAAGGCUCCGAUAAUCUCACUAGAUUACAGUCUCGACUGAAGACAUUGGAGACGAACAAUUCUGACCUCAAAGACGAGUUAGAAUCUCGUCUCGGGGAACUGUCCAUCCUUCGACGUAUAAAAUUGACAGACAAGGAGCAAAUUCAAAAUCUCAGCAGUUGCGCAAGCACACUCGAGUACCAAAGUGCCCUCGGACAAAACUGCGUUCAGCAAAAGUUUGAAGACAUAAGGCAGAUAGAUGCUUCCCUUGAAGAGCUGAACUCGGCCUUGAAAGAGCGCUCGGAGUUUGUCAAAGAGUGGAAUGAGAGACGGACAGAAUUGAAGGUCGAGGUUACCGAAGCAAUACAACCAACGCAUGAUAUCCUAACAUCUUUCGGAACAUGUCAGACCAGGUGUUUCUCAAAACCCAGAUUUCCUCGUAAAUCCACCAGACAGCCGAGUGUUUUAGAAGAACUGAGCCUAUGUCAAGGCAAACCACCUCACGAAACGCCACCUCACGAAACACCACCCCAAGAAACACCACCCGAGGCCUUGGAAAUGGUGCUUGAUAAGACGCCGCCAAAGAGGAGAUUAUUAGCGCAUUUGAAGCCGCUGAUUUGCACCGUCGGAUUUACAGUCACGCUCAUAUUCAUGCUGAUCAGAAUCGGCACCGCCGUGCCCGUGUGCGCUCCCGGACCAGGUGUUUCGUGUGAGGAUCUACUACGGGAUGCGCUUCAGAGCGUGCUGCUGCCGUAUUGUGACCUUCACUUCCCUCUAACUCCACCUUACUGAGGAGUUGUUUCUGUAGACAGUAUUUAAGUAUUUGUAAGAACAUUGGCUUUAGAUGAGAACGCCUUUUUAGUUCAGUUAUAGGCUACUAA